AUCUGUGCGCAUGCCUGCUAGGGUUUAGUUUGAUAUUGAUCGAUUGAAUCCUUUCAUCGUUAGAUUCCCAUCUCAUUUAGUGUUUAAUGAGAAGUUAGAUUCGUGAUAGUUACUACAAAAGUUGAAUUAGUCGGUGUUUGUGUGUAAAUGAAAGAAUUAGCAGGCACAUUCUAAUAAUUAUUAAUAAAUAGCCUGAAAUUAAGUAACGAUGGAUAUCUCAUAAUCGAUCUAAGAAAUGCUUAAUGCUGGACGCUGAUUCGAGGAGUAACCCGCCGUCGGCGAGCGUUUCUUCGACUUUAGCCGAAGGCCUCCGCUUGGAAACGCAUCUACAGAGACAGCUUGAAGAAGAUGUUGCUAGUGACAUUUACACUGAAUGUAAUAUAACAAACCAGGAGAAAGAAAUCCUUAAUUAUUUGAAGAAAAACAAAAUUUCAAAGGAUGGAACUGAUGAUCUUGAAGUGUUUUUGACCCCUAAGUGCAUAAGUCCUUAUACGGAAAAAGCUUUGAAGAAAAGUGUAAGCUCAAGUCCCAGCACCGAACUCACAAAAGAAUAUUAUGCAUUAGUACCCAUAGACGGUAACUUGCUGGAGAAAGAACUGAUCGAGCAAGAUGUACUUUCUAACGCCUUUCAAUCAAUAAUAAAUUAUCAAAACGGGGAUAUUAAAAAUAAUAAGCCUACAUCUUUAGCACUCGUGUCUAGUCAUACAUCCAAAACAUCUGAACAUUCCAACAUUUGUGAUUUUUCGAUUAAAACUGAAAAGGACAAAAGAAAUAAAUCUAAACCAAACAAAAUAUCUUGUCAAAGUAAUUCAACCAUACAUCCUAAUUCGUCUACUAAACCCACUGACCUUAAGAAUUGUGACGUGGUUGAAAAAAAUGUAGACACAGCAUAUUCACCCGAUAGUUUAAUUACUGACGAUCCAAGUUCUGCUUCAGAUUAUUUAUCAGCAGCAUUUGCUUUUUCACCAGGGGUGACUUCUAUCGAUACUGCAAAAUUAAAUGUUGAAGAUAACAUCACGAAAAUGGAAAAUAUAUUUACAUCAUCAGACUCGGGGUUAGAGAAUACUGGUUUGCUCGAAAGUUUAACGAGUCAUAAAGACAUCACGUUGACAGACAUGUCACUAACAGAAAGUACGUUGCAAGAUAUGACUAUUGACGAUGUUAGUAAUUCUCAGGACUCUAGUUCAAGUCCAAAUAUAGAUAAAAAAGCUAUUACCACAGCUCAAUUUGAACAUUCUUCUAAAGUGCUAGUAGAUCCAAGACCAUCGUUAAACAAUAUUCAGCUUUCUGAUUUGACUGACUCAACACAGCAAAAGGACGUUCCAAACUGUAAUUCUUCCAAAGAGGAAAAGCAAAGGCAAAAUGAGGAAAUAGUUAUUCUUGAGUCCUCGUCAUUAUCUUCAGAAACUGGAUCGUGGGAAUCUGUUUUCCCUCCAAAAUUGGUUGAUAAAGAUAAAAAAAUCUGUGAAAAAUUUAUACACAAUGAACGUCAGCACGUUUUUGAAAACGGUGGCACGAAAACUGAAAAUACAGAAAAAAAAUCGGAAACGUCUGAGAGUCUUGUACAAAAGUCUCAGUUUAAAUCUUCAUCUUGCUUUAUAGAUGCUGCAAGUUUGGUAGAUGAAGAAGAUGAGCCUAUAAAAGUUGUUUCGGAUAAACACUUAAAAUCUGAUGUUGCACAGUUAGAAGCGAUAAAAACAAGUGCACCUGUACCUUGUUCCACAAAUAAAUCUGACCUAAGUCCUAAUGACUGGUCCGAAAAUGACAACGAAGACUCUUUAGAACAGUUAGAUAAUAAAGACCCAGAUUCGAUACAAAAGGAUUUGUCACCAACUAUUUUUGAUAUGACUCCUAUCACAGAAGAUUCUUUGUGCACUAACACAUUAGAACUGGGUGAAAAGGGUGUAAGUGGUAAAAUUAUCGUAUCUGAAGAACCAACUACAAUAGACGGUUCCACUACAUCAAGCAGCGUUUUUAUGUCGAAUACACCGCAUAAUUCAAUAAUGUCUCUGACCGCAUCAACAAUAAAACAAUAUGAAACUGAAGAAAGUGAAAGUGACACAACCGUUGCCAGUCGUGAAGGUCAUAUACCAAUUAAGAACUUAAAAAAAUAUCACGAAGCAUCUCCAAUUAUAUCAGGAGGUGCUUCUGUAGAAGAUCAUUUACCUACAAUCGGAAGUUUUACAGGAAGUCCGGCGAGUCGUAGAAAAAUGGAGAAUGUACCUAUAGUCUCCGGAGCUUAUGUUCCUCCUCCCGAAACGGAAAAAGUAAUUAAAUCUACACGACCGCCUAGUGCUCCGGUAUGGGUAGUGGACAUGUCUUCUACGCCAAAAGCUGAUAAUGAUAAAACAUCUUUUGGUAAUAAUCAGAAAAAACCCAGUGAUAAAACUUGUGAUAGUCUCAGAAAUUAUUCCAGGUACUCUAGCAGUAAUGAAAGCUGCAGCAAGAGUAGGAGUUCCGUUGAUUCUGAUAGCAGUGACAGAUCUAGCCACAAGUUUUUUAUAGAUUUGUCCAGUAUACCUGACCAGACAUUGACUAAAGCUCAAAAUGAAACUGAAAAUAUCAAUGAAAAGAAGAACAUCUUCUCUAUGUAUAUAGAUUUUAGUGAAAAAACUACUUUGAAAGAAAUGCCAUCUAGGUUGUCUACAAAUGCAAGAAAAAAUAGCACGGAACCAAAAAACGCCACAAAAAAUAAUAACAAAGCAAUAUCUGAUGACAGUGGCGGCGAUGCUGAUGACAAUAUAUUGUCCCAGAAAAAUAAUUCUACGCAAAUUUUCGAAAAAUAUGAAUCUCUCUGUGACGAUCCUAGUAUCAGUAUUUCAGAAAUAAUGAAGUUUAAUGGAUCAAAAGAUCGCAAAACACCUUCAAACAAAAUUAAUGAAAGCCAAUCAAAAAGUAUUUGUAGUGAAAGAAGCUUUCAGAGAAAUUUACCCUCCGUUAUACAGGAAGAGGGCGGAAAUGACCAAGCCAACGAACUCUUCGUAAAAUUAUCUGACCUAGAUAAACCAGUGCCAAAAAAUGAUGUUCCAAACACAAACAAUUCAGAGAGACCACUAGAUGAACGAAUGACAAGAUCGAUACCAGAAAACAACUGGAGCGAUAAGAAUCAAGCUGGAGGAUCACGUUCUAAUGAAGUUAUUAGCUCAUUUCAUUCAGAGAAUGCAUUAAGCUUAAAUCGGCUAUUUCCACAUCUAAGAAAUGAGUUCAGUAAAAGUAUGCCCGGCUCAUUAUCGAGCAGAACAAGGUCUCCAUUGAGAUUGGGAAAUUGUUCUAGUCCAGGCGAUAUAGACGAUCAAAUUUCCGAUGCAUCAGAAAUGAGUAGUAUGCAAAGUAGUUUCUGCCAUUCAAUUGUUGGUAAGAUAAUUAAAAUACACUGUUCAACACGCGGUCAUGGUGUAUUUCUGAUCCAAACGAGGUCUGUUCUUCCAUCAACACGUAUUCCCGCCCAAACUUUGAUUGUCUGCCAUGGUAUGGAUCGACCUCGACUCCUGAGGGUGUUGCAGGCGACUCUCACGAACAGGAGUUCGCCAUACGCGUACUCUUCGCGAAUCAGGAUGGAAACCGAAUCGGGACUCAUCGAAAAUAGUUCAGCAGAGGAAACUAGCCAAGCUUCCAGUUUUAUAGGCCAUUGUCAAUCUCGGCUUGGUCAAGACUUAUUGCGCAUGUUUCUAGAAGAAAUAGCUCCAGAUGUAAUUGUGGAAGUAUCAGGAAGGCGCAUCAAAGCACAUAAGUGUAUAUUAUCAUCAAGAUUCUCUUUCAAUGUGGUACACUUUGCUCUUUGCCAUAUAUAUUCUGGGGUGUCCACUAUACCCGAUUCAAUCAGUAUUGUGGAACUAGCGACCCUAGCUGAUAUGCUCGGUCUGGAAGGUCUUAAAGAAGCAAUCAUGUUUUACUUGAAGAGCAAAUAUUGUCAUAACUUUCAUACACCUUGCGCCCUUUGUACGGCAGGCGUGCUGGAGUGUUUCCCGUUGUCAUCCGUUUAUGGAUUGGACGAUUUGUACAGAAAAUGUUUGAAAUGGAUAGCAAAAUAUUUUUCAUUGGUGUGGCCAACAAAAGCCUUUGCCACGUUGCCCUCGGAACUACUGGAGAAAUGCUACCAGCAAGUAGUAAUGGAUUUCAGUCUUCCAAUCAUCGUAGACUUCUCGUAUGGAUGUGGUAUCACAGUGCAUGCGUUACAGAACAGUAGGUGGGGUCAGGUGGUGGCGCGAAUGUGUCGGCGCUUAAAUCUGGCAACGGCUCAUUUUAUUGCACCAGAACUGACGACCGUGUUGCGGGACAUUGGAACUUUACCCACAGAUCCGCCAUACUAUGUCAUACAGGCUCUCAACGAAUGUAUAGCUGCGGCAAUAGAAAUAGCACCACCUGACGAAUGUUGUCGCGCUUACGCCCUUUUAGCGUCUGUAGUGCGUGAGCUCAGGAAUUAUCGUUUUGCUAAACCGGACCUCAUCACUAAUGGGAUUUCGAACAAUGUGCCUGGCCAAGACAACCUUCUAUAUUUUCACGCACCUAAUUGGAUGCUUCUAUGCGAAAAUGCUCUCGUCAGAGCGGGUCCUCGUGUCAUUUGCACGCAAGCUUUCAUUGACCUCACCCCAGAGUUGCGGAUAAGGUUAAGAGAGCUCGGCUGCAGCUUGUACGGCGGGCAACCACCAAUGUCGGGUCAAUCGAGUUUAUUACAAAACAGACGAAGCAGGACUGAUCAUCAAAAUAAAUCCAGCAAGUUCCAUAGCGCCACGUCUAAAAGCUUGGAUAUCGAUCAAAUGCGCGCCUCUUUUGUCCCGUACGCAUCCAAACCUACCACACACAUGAGUACUGAUGCUUUGAAGAGCACCAAAAGUUUGCAAGAUACUAAAACAGCCUGCCGUACAGUCCCACCUAAAGUGCGAACGACUAAAGCGCAAGAAGAAAGGGCUAAAUUUAAUUUGACCAAAACCACAUUGUCACAGGAGCGUUUGAAUACAAAAUCAUUGCCAAAAACUACAUUCGAGAAUACAAAGCCUCGAUAUUUGGAACCGCGAAACAGUUCUGAUUAUAAAAAGUAUACGACGAAAAAACUAGCUCCGAAAAUGAUAUCGUCUAGUGAAUCGUCUCGCAACUCUAGCCCGAUACAGGCUCGUAAUUUAAGAACGAGUCGAAUGAAAACUCGACAGGAUAACGACGCGAAGACGAAAGCUAUGUCGCAAGACAGCUUGGCGACGGGCUCGCGCCCGCGUACAGCAGAGCCUUCUACAGACUCACACAGCGAGUCACAAAAUAGCAACAAGUAUGCUACUUACACCAAAACUAAGCAUACAUCUAAGGGAUCUAUUGAUACAAACAAGACAUGCAGAGCUCCAACGACAUCCACACAGACGGCCGCAACCAACGGGAAGGUCAGAACAAAAAUUCCAGUAUAUCUGAACCAAGUUUCCAAACAGAAUCGUAAUGAGAACGGUAAUCCGAGCAAAAAGAUCGAUUCACAAAAGAAAACUAACUUCAGCCCAAGGACGUCAACGUCUGCAACUACCACUAGCAACACAUCAGUUUCGUUGCAACCCCGAAACCAAACAUCAGAGAAAAGCUCUUGUUCUCUCAUGAACGCCACUAAAUCUAGUUCAGCGAAAAUGGUCACCAAAGUGGUGAAGGAAACGAGCCGCGCCAAAAUACCUCCGAAGAAUACCAAAAAACCAACCAAACAGACACAGCGUCGCGGUGAAAAUGAACCACCCGUGGAAAAUAUACCGAUAAUGGAACGGUCUGGCACGUUCCUUAAAGAUGAACCCACCUUUGGAGAUAAAACCACUAACAUUGAUUCAGACCAAUAA